AUGAGUGAUGUCCAAAUUCAUUGGUUUUCAAUCAUCAACUCAGUAGUUGUGGUUUUCUUUUUAUCAGGUAUUUUAACAAUGAUUAUGGUUCGGUCUUUACGUCGGGAUAUUGCCAGGUACAACAAAGAUGAGGACAUUGAGGAGACAUUGGAAGAAACAGGCUGGAAAUUGGUCCAUGGUGAUGUCUUCCGCCCACCACGGCAUCCCAAACUUUUGGCCUCACUUAUUGGUGCCGGCAACCAAAUCUUCUGCAUGUCUCUCAUUAUCAUAUUCUUUGCCAUGCUGGGUAUGUUGUCUCCGGCUUCCAGAGGAGCACUUAUGACCGCUGCCAUCUUUUUGUUUGUUUUCCUUGGUUUGAUUGCUGGCUAUUUUUCAGCACGUCUCUACAAAACUAUGAAAGGAAACCAAUGGAAAAAAGCAGCAUUCCAAACUGCAACACUUUAUCCUGGAAUACUUUUUGGUACCUGUUUUAUAUUGAAUUUUUUUAUUUGGGGAAAGCACUCCUCAGGAGCUGUACCAUUUAGCACAAUGGUUGCACUUCUUUGUAUGUGGUUUGGAAUCUCUUUGCCUUUAGUGUUCUUGGGAUACUUUUUUGGUUUCAGAAAACAGCCCUAUCAACAUCCUGUACGGACCAAUCAAAUACCAAGACAAGUCCCUGAACAGAUGUGGUAUAUGAACCCUAUAUUAGGGACUCUGAUGGCUGGCAUUUUGCCAUUUGGUGCUGUUUUCAUUGAACUAUUUUUCAUUUUUACUGCAAUUUGGGAAAACCAAUUUUAUUAUCUGUUUGGACUAUCAUUGGUGGUGGCACUCCUUUAUAGUAUCUGGAGGCUCUGCAGUCUAUAUGUUUGCUUAUUCCAUCUUUUAUUUUGUUACAAAGCUGGAGAUCACAGAGUUCAUUCCAACUCUCCUUUAUUUUGGCUACACACUGCUGAUGUCAUUCACUUUCUGGAUCCUGACUGGCACCAUUGGAUUCUAUGCGGCAUACUUUUUCAUUCGACGGAUUUAUGCAGCUAUCAAGAUUGA